AUGAUGCAGACAAUUCUGUAUCACAAUUCCAGUGGCAGUCGUGCAUUCACUGGAAACCUUAAACAGAAGGAAGUGCAUCGAGCGAUAACUUUACAUCCAGUCAAGCAACAUGAGCACAUGUAUCGUAUCCACAAUUACAUGAAGGCUUUGAAAAUUCAAGAAUUGCAACAUCAGUCUGUGCUUCUUCAUCGCAGUAUUGCAGCCAUGAUGAAGGAACUGAAUAAAAGACCAGAAGAUAUUGAAGAUUUUAAAAUUGGGAGGAAUCUACCACUUUUUCCUGAUAAAAAAGGAAGCUCUGGCUACUUAGGUGAUACAAAACUUUUAGGUCUUGAACCAGGUUUAAACAAGUUUCUACCCGGAAAUGAAGAUGAAGUAUUGAAAUGGGAUUUCAUCUCUCGUGCCCUAUAUUCUGACACAAAUCUCAAUCCGCGUCGUCGCAUUGAAAGCCCUUUAAAAGAAGGUCUUGAUGAUAUUGUCAGAGAGGUAAUGGAUAUGAUUAACAUGUAUUCAAAGCAAGCGUGGACGUAUCUUCAAGAAGAAAGACAAAUAUCUACGAAUAAGAGAAAUAUAUAGGAGAGAAGUGGCAAUCCCCUCAAAGACAGUACGGAAGUUCUGUUAGAGAUUUGCCUGAAUGGAAAGCCGCAUGCCUGGGAGUAAUUAAAGAUGCGUUUGAGAGUGGCUGCUUAAAAUUGAGAAAUCCUUUCCAUUUGUCCUCCAGCUCUCAUCUUUCAAAGAAAACGCCAACCAGUGAAGACAAGUAAUCAACUUAUUGCUCACCCUGUCUGGAAGAAUAUGAAACUUUUCAAACGUUUCAUUGCAGUAUUCGAAGAUGUGUGCUUGAAGAAUGAUGAAGAAAGUGUCAUUAAUUUGGUUUGUGUUUCCUCAUGGAGAAAAAAUAACUAGUAAGUAAUCGAGACAUCAAACUAAUUGAACAAUUUGCAAGACGGAGGUAUCACAGAU